AUGGAUCAACACGAUGACUUUGAUAACGUUUCCUGGAAACACGACGCCGAUAGCGAUGUCUCCCGACCAACGACUUCGGGUACGGAUGUGGAAGAGUCACAUGCAUAUCAUCACGACACCAAUGGCAAGCGGAGAAUGAGCUCAGCUCACGAGGAACCUCAGGCCGGCCCACUAGCCGACGCCGUCGACCUAGCAGGCAUAGGCGACGGUGUACUCGAGUGCCGGGUCGACUCACCUUUGAAAGAGAAUGACGGCACAAAGGACGCGUACAUAUCGUACCUGGUUACAACAAAUACCGACUUCAAGGCAUUCCAAAAGCCCGAGUUUCAUGUUCGGCGACGAUUUACAGACUUCUAUUUCUUGUACAAAACCCUAUAUCGAGAAUACCCGGCAUGCGCUGUUCCGCCGUUGCCGGAAAAGCACAAGAUGGAGUAUGUACGAGGCGACCGCUUCGGCUCGGAGUUUACAACACGGCGAGCAUGGUCUUUGCAUCGGUUUUUGAAACGGCUGACAUUGCACCCUGUACUCCGCCGUGCACCGUUGUUUACUAUCUUCCUGGAGUCCUCAGACUGGAAUGCGCAUAUGCGACUACACACAACCCGCGGGUCAACAACAGCCUCAUCGGAGAACGCUCCAACCAAGAUUUUUGAUAACUUUACCGAUACGUUCGUCAACGCUUUCACUAAAGUCCAUAAGCCCGAUCGCCGGUUUAUUGAGGUGAAGGAGAAGGCAGAUAAGUUGGACGAGGACCUAUCGCAUGUGGAAAAGACCGUCGCGCGGGUCGCACGGCGCGAAUCCGAUCUCGAGACGGACUAUACCGAACUUGCGUCUCAGUUCCGCAAGUUGGUCCCUCUGGAGCCGGCAGUCGAGAUGCCACUGCAGGUGUUCGCUGCAUCGGUCGAGGAGACUGCGCGCGGAGUACGGGGAUUGAAGGAUCAUACCGACCAGAACUACUUGGGAUCUCUGCGGGACAUGGAGGCAUAUAUUUUGUCGGUCAAGUCCCUCCUGAAGACCCGUGAACAGAAGCAGCUGGACUUCGAGGCGUUGGUCGAUUACCGCAACAAGGCUGUGGCCGAGCGAGACUCUUUAGCCGCCAACCCAGCUGCAUACUAUGCCUCCAACCCGCUCACCUCUUCCCCUGCCUCCUUUAUCCGUUCCAAGAUGGAGGAUAUGCGCGGUGUGGAUCACGAAACAUCUCGCCGCGAGCGUGUCCGCAAACUCGAGCUUCGCAUCGACGAGUUAACGCGGGAAGUCGAAUCAGCGAAGACUACUUCUGAAAUGUUUGACGAAGAGGUAGUCCGUGAAGUUGCUGAUUUUGAGCGCAUCAAGGCUGUUGAAUUUCGGGAUUCCCUGGGCGCCUUCGCUGAGUCUCACAUCGACUUCUAUCAGGGGGUUCUUUCAACUUGGGAGCGCUUCAUUGCAGAGAUGGAAGGAGACUCUGAACUAGGCCAUGAUUCUUAA